AAUCUCAUUAAUAAUAUAUUAAAUGUUAAUAAAUAUAAAGAUAAUCACAUUGUGAAUAUAAAACAAACAAUAUAAUAAUAGAUUCUUACUUAAAUAAAAUAUGUAUAUAUAUAAAUUAUUAAUUUAUAAUUUUAAUGAGAUUAUAUAUUUACAUAUAAUUUUUUAAGAAGUUAUUAUCUAAUAUUUUAUCAAUUUAUGUCAAAUUUUAAACUAGUUCAAGUUAAAAUCAGUAAAAUUUAUUAAUUUAUCAGAGUAUUAAUUUAUUAAAGUUCUAUUUGUAUAUAAACAAUCGUCUCUUUUAUUGUCUCUCUUGCCUCCCCCAAAACCCUCCCUCUUACUUUCAAACCUUUCGUCUCCAGAGUCCUCAGAAGAUGAGCAACAACCACAAAGACAAUUUCAGCCUCGCUGAUCUCACUGCUUCUCUUAAAGACGAGGAUCGAGCUGGCCUCAUGAACGCUCUCAAGAACAAGCUGGCUGGUCACAGUUCAGAUGUGCUCGAGAAUCUGACUCCUCAAGUGAGAGCUCGUGUCGAUGCCUUGAAGGAUAUACAGAGCCAACACGAUGAACUUGAGGCUAAGUUCCGUGAGGAGAGAGCUGUUCUUGAAGCCAAGUAUGAAAAGCUGUAUCAGCCCUUGUAUGCCAAGCGUUAUGAGAUUGUGAAUGGAACUACUGAAAUCGAGCUGACUCCAGAGGAUACAAAGAUGGACGAAGUAGAUGACAAAACUGCUGAAGAGAAAGGAGUUCCAAGUUUCUGGCUGACUGCUUUGCAAAACAAUGAAGUUACUUCCGAGGAGGUCACAGAGCAUGACGAAGAGGCUCUCAAGUAUCUUAAAGAUAUUAAAUGGUGCAAGACCGAAGAGCCUAAAGGAUUCAAGCUUGAGUUUCUCUUUGACUCGAAUCCCUUUUUCAAAAACAAUGUUUUGACAAAGUCUUAUCAUGUGAUUGAUGAGGAUGAGCUACUAAUUGAGAAGGCUAUUGGGACUGAAAUUGAUUGGUAUCCUGGAAAGUGCCUAACUCAGAAGAUUGUUGAGAUGAAGCCUAAGAAAGUUACAACGAACGCCAAACCAGUCACCAAAAUGGAAGACUGUGAAAGCUUCUUCAACUUCUUUAAUCCUCCAGAAGUCCCGGAUGAAGAUGAAGAUAUCGACGAGGACAGAGCUGAGGAACUUCAGUAUCAAAUGGAACUAGAUUAUGACAUUGGAUCUACUAUCCGGAACAAGAUUAUUCCGCAUGCCGUCUCAUGGUUUACUGGUGAGGCUAUGGAAGAACAGGAGUUUGAUUUAGAUGAUGAUGAAGAUGAUGAUACUGAUGAGGAUGAGGAUGAGGAUGAGGAUGAGGAUGAGGAUGAUGAUGAUGAUGAGAUGGAGGAGGAUAGCAAGACUAAAAAGAAGAAGGGAGGCAGAUCUCAGAUUGUUGGUGUUGGUCAACAAGGCUUCAAGCAACAGUGAUCUCGAUGCUCUACUGAACAAAAAGGCAUGUGUUAUUUUUUUUUAAUGUGAAACUCAUCUCCUUAUUGAUGAUGUUCUCAUAGGAGUUUUGAUCAUUUGUUUUGGUGUUUAUUUUCGUUGAAUGAUUUUUAGACUUAACCUUGGUGUUUAUGAAUGAAUGAAAACAUCAUCCCCCCUUACUAUGUUUCUGCCUUCACCACGCUAUCUUUGAGAGGACAAACAUGUUAUGUUUUUAUGUAACAUAUAAGUUUUUCCACAAAGUUUUUAAGUGAACAAAACUAUAAGCAAUUA